UAUCGAUAUAGUGACAUUAUAAACAACCCUAAAGUAUAUGUAUGAAUUUUGUGAAUGUUACUAUUAUAACGAAAGGCCUUGGGGUAAUAAAGACUCAAAUACACAAAUAUGCUUACGCGCUUACAAUGCUUGACAGCAGCGGUCCGAACUAAGAGGCCGAUUGUCCAAUGCGCUAGACGAAAUUCCAAGUUAACUUUCGAUGAAGUAUUGAACAAAGAAAAGUCUAAGACUACACUGCAAGCAGAACUUCCGUAUAUAAUGACACAUCGGAAAUAUAAAUACAGUGAAGGAAAAGUAUACCACGGAUUUGAAUGCAAGAGAAUCGAGUAUAUUCCUGACUUUGAGUUGACGUCGUGCACCCUACGGCACGUGGGAACUGGAACCGAGUUUUGGUAUAUAGAUAGAAAUGAUACAAAUAACGUAUUUUCAAUAAAUUUUCGGACAACUCCAUUUGAUUCUACUGGAUUGCCUCAUAUACUGGAGCAUCUUGCAUUAUGCGGAUCUAAAAAUUUUCCAGUUCGCGAUCCAUUCUUUAAAAUGCUCAACCGAUCUGUUGCCACAUUUAUGAACGCAAUGACUGGACCUGAUUACACACUGUAUCCAUUUUCCACCAUGAACGAAGCUGAUUUCAGAAAUUUGCAGAAAAUUUAUCUGGACGCUGUGUUUAGGCCUAAUCUGGAUUAUCUAGAUUUUUUACAAGAAGGUUGGCGCCUCGAGCACAAAGAAUUGAACAAUCAAAAGUCGGAUUUGAUUAUAAAGGGUGUCGUCUAUAAUGAAAUGAAAGGAGCCUUUUCGGAAAACUCGCAAGUGUUUAUGCAAAAUCUACUAAAUAACAUGCUUCCUGAUCACACUUAUGGAUAUGUAUCAGGCGGUAAUCCACUAGAAAUUCCUAAAUUAACACACGAUGAUUUGGUUAAAUUCCAUAAAAAAUACUACCAUCCGAGCAAUGCGCGCAUAUUCUGUUACGGAUCAUUUGACUUAAUGAGAACAUUGGAGCUUGUGGAUAAGAAAUAUUUAUCUCAGCACGAAGCUAUUAAUAAUUCAUACAGCCGCAUACCAUCACAACUUCGUUGGUCCCGGCCACGCAAUGUGCACAUUCCUAGUAGACUUGAUAACAUGGGUGCGUCUUUCAAUCGCCAAAACCAAAUUGCUAUAGCCCUGAUGAUGUGUGAUAUAACUGAUAUACAAGAGAGUUUUGAAUUAAAUGUUCUGUGCGAGGUAUUGAUUCGUGGUCCGAACUCUGCGUUCUACCAAAGCUUAAUUGAGCCUAAUUUUUCUGGAGGAUAUAACCAAAGUACAGGAUAUUCAUCAGAUUGCAAAGAUACUUAUUUUGUAGUAGGGUUGCAAGAUUUGAAAGUUGAAGAUUUCAAGAAGUUUAACGAUUUAUUUGAUAAAACAGUUCUCAAAACCAUUAAGGAAGGGUUCGAGUCGCAGCACAUCGAAAGCGUGCUGCACAAUCUCGAAUUGUCACUAAAGCAUCAGAGUCCACAUUUUGGAAAUGCACUGUUAUUUAACUCAACAGCAUUGUGGAAUCAUGAAGGCGAUGUUGUUUCAAGUCUUCGAGUUUCUGAAAUGAUUGCCAAAUUGCGAAGCAAUUUGAAAGAUAGCAAGAAUUACUUUCAGGGGAAAAUUGAACAAUAUAUGGUAAACAAUACUCACAAACUCACAUUAACAAUGUCUCCUGACGAAAUGUAUGAGGAGAAUUUUAAACAGGCUGAGAAAGAUAUGCUAAAACAGAAAGUGAGUGCCUUAGAUUCGGUUAAUUUAGAGGAGAUCUAUCAAAAUGGCAUCAAACUUGAAAAAUCGCAAAAGACUAUACACAAUACAGAUGUUUUGCCCUGUCUUUCGAUAGCAGAUGUAAAGGAUCCACCCAAUCUGCCCAAAAUUGAAACAAAUACUAUUCAAAAUGUUUUAACACAACUUUGCAAAGUUCCCACUAAUGAAAUAACGUACCUCAAAUGCCUGUUCAACAUUACAGGGCUAACGCAAGAUGAAGUUAUGCUUGUGCCUCUCUUUUGCAACGUGAUAAAUGAUAUGGGCACGCAAAAACAUGAUUUUCGCACCUUUGAUAAGCUGAUUCUUUCAAAGACUGCUGGAAUAGAUUUUAAGUUAAAUUUUGUAGAAAAUGUAAAGGAUGCGAAAUCAUAUAGACUUGGACUGAUGAUGACCACUUAUGCACUCGAUAAAAAUGUUCCAGAUAUGUUUGGAUUGUGUCAAGAAUUGUUACUUAAUUUUAGACUGGAGGACACUGGAAGACUGAAGAUGCUUGUUGAAAAUUAUAUUUCAAAUAUAUCAGUGGGAAUUACAAGCUCCGGACAUAUAUAUGCUAUGUUGAGUGCUUCUGGACUAGUUAGUGAUGCAGCCAAGCUUAAGUCUCUUUUAUCAGGUGUAGACCACAUCGAUUUCAUGAAAAAUUAUCUACAACAAAACAAUAUAGAAAAAAUCUGCGACAAAUUAAAAGCUAUUGGAAAGAAGGUAUUUAAUAAAAGUAACAUGCGAAGUGCUAUUAACAGCUCGGAUUCUUAUCAUGCUUCAGCAAUGCAUCAUUACGAAUGUUUUUUAGAGAAAUUACCUAUGUUCGAGAAGACGAAAUCAAGUAAUGAAAUUAAACUAUUGGAGCCAAGCUUGCAACAUUAUGUUAUGAACAUACCAGUAAACUACUGUGCCAAAUCAUUCUUUGCUGCUCCGUAUUUGCAUGAAGAUCAUCCUGUUUUGCGAGUACUUGCUAAAUUUGUUUCUGCCAAAUAUUUGUUACCGGUUGUGCGUGAGCAAAAUGGAGCCUAUGGUGCAGGUGCUAAGAUAGGGUCGGAUGGUCUAUUUAGCUUCUUCAGCUAUCGCGAUCCACACUCGGCAAAGACAUUGAAUGCGUUUGAUAAUACAUACGAAUGGCUGCUAACGGAAAAUGCAAAUAUUGACCAGCAAACACUGUUUGAGGCAAAAUUAGGAGUACUACAGCAACUAGACUCGCCUAUCGCGCCUGGAAAUGUUGGCAUUGAUUAUUUCCUUUACGAAGUCUCGCAGGAGAUGUUUGUGAAAUACCGAUCACGUGUCUUAUCUGUAACCGUCGAUGAGUUGCGUAAUGUAAUUCAUAGAUACUUCAAGGAAGAACCGGCACAUUUUGGAAAAUGUAUUUUGGGUCCUGCGAACGAUAAGUUAGAACAGGAGACUAAGCUAAAAUGGAAAGUCAUAUCAUAAUUAUCGUAUGUUGUACCUAAAAUUUGACUUAGAGCAAAUAACAAAUCAUACAAACAUUUA